AUGUGUCACACCAGCUGCUCCUCAGGCUGCCGGCCAGCCUGCUAUGGAUCCUGUGUGUCCAGCCCCUGCCAGCCAUCCUGCUGCAUGUCCAGCCCAUGCCAGCCAGCCUCCUGCAGGCCUGCUAUAUGCAUUCCUGUUAGAUUCCAGGUGGCCUGCUGUGUGCCUGUGAGCUGCAGGCCCACUGUGUGCACGGCCCCCUCCGGCCAGUCCUCCGUGUGUAUGCCCGUGAGCUGCAGGCCUGUCUGUGUGACCUCUUCCUGCCAGUCAUCCGGGUGCUGCCAGCCCUCCUGCCCGACCCUGGUCUGCAGACCUGUCACCUGUGGCAACUCCUGUUGCUGACCAGCGUCUCCAAACCAGCUGUCCCAGUGUAGAUGGGACACACCU